UGCUAUCUCUCUCUCCUAUCUCUAUCCACUUUUCUUUUAUCUUGUAGUCAUUCAUUUCUGGUUGUGGAGUUCAAGUUCCUCCUUCAAGCAAAAAUGGCGAAUGUAGCAGCUAUGGCUACCACCAACAACACCACCACCACCACCACCAACAGGUGGAAUAUGUCUUCGCUUCGCUCUGCUUUGCCUUCCAUUCCUCCUACUUCCGCUUCCUCAUUGCGCUUCACCGCUUUUCCACGCCGUUAUUCAACAACAAAAACACUCCGAAUUUCCAGAACCAAACCUAAUUCCCUACUCGACUCUUUCACCGGAAUUCUCCCUCCAACUUCCUUCUUCGCUCCUUCAUCUUCAGACUUUAAUGGCUUUGAUCAUGGUUUCACUGUUAUUGACAACGGCGGUCGAGUCUAUGCUAUGAGACAUGGAAGGAAAGUGCCUAAACUCAACAGGCCCCCUGAUCAGCGUAAGGCACUCAUUCGAGGCCUAACAACACAGCUCCUUAAAUAUGGCCGUAUCAAGACCACCAGGGCAAGAGCCAGUGCAAUUAGGAAAUAUGUUGAUAAAAUGAUCACUCUUGCAAAAGAUGGUUCUCUUCAUAAAAGGAGACAAGCCCUUGGCUUCAUCUAUGAGAAGCAGAUUGUUCAUGCUUUAUUUGCAGAGGUUCAGGAGCGUUACGGUGAAAGAAAUGGUGGUUAUACAAGAAUUUCAAGAACCCUACCAAGGCGGGGUGAUAAUGCACCUAUGGCGUUCAUUGAACUUAAAAACCUUUCUGCGUUAUCUUAUCACAAUAACAAGAAGAAGAACACGAUGCUGAGCAUGGGAACUCUAACUUUGAAUUCAUCAACUACAAUGGUAGCUCAUACCACUUCCAAUACACUCCUUGGAACCAAAAGACACAUCCUUUCCAACAAAACUCAUUCCUUACCAAUGAAUUUGGUUUCUGCCACUAACCAAAAUUUCACCUUAAUCUCUCCCUUCAAGAAACAAACACCUUUUAUCACUGCUGUUGCUUCUGUUCAAUCAGACAACGUUAGUUCUUCUGAUGCUCCUCCCACCAAGAAUGAAUUCAACAAGUACUAUUUCAUUGUUGCAAACGCAAAAUUUAUGUUGGAUGAGGAGGAGCAUUUCCAAGAACAGUUAUUUGAACGCCGUCGCUACUAUGGAGAGCGUAAUAAAGAACAGGAUUACUGGCUUGUCAUUGAGCCUAAAUUCUUGGAUAGUUUCCCCGACAUUACCAAGAGAUUGCGGAGACCUGCUGUUGCUCUCGUGUCAACUAAUGGUCCAUGGAUCACAUUCAUGAAGUUAAGACUAGAUCGAGUUUUAUCAGGAAGUUUUGAAGCUGACAGCGUAGAAGAAGCAUUAGCUUCCAAUCCUGCUAAUCUGGAGUUUGACAAACCUGAUAAAUGGGUGGCACCCUAUCCUAAAUAUGAAUCUGGAUGGUGGGAAUCUUUCUUGCUCUCUGGACAGAAAGAGGUGAACUCCUCAUAAGACAUUUAUUUUCCAUUCUGUUUCAGUGAUUGGUAUUUGUAGAUCUUUUUCUCCAAGCGCUUUUGUUAAUGUAAAACCAAUGUAGUCGAUGUCAGCUAAAUUUGCUUUCAGUUUUGUAAUUUUUGGUAGGUGGUAUAAUUAUUUAAAGUCGAAGUGUCGUCCUCAGAAUCUAAGUUCUAGGUAUUGUUUUUAUGACUUUUGUGUAAAACAUGUUAUGGGAAACCUGCAAUCUGCAUGGAUCCCCAAGUGAAUCCAACAAUGUAGAAUCAGUUAUGACUUUUGAGUAUUGCAUAUCUAGAAUUACCCUUUCCUA